AUGAUGUACGAAAAUUUUCGCCAUACUCACGGGAGUGGAUCAGGAGCUGGUAAGAAUGUAGUUUGAUUGUGUGAAACAUGUUCCAUUUCUAUGUGUUUACAUUACAUAGAAGAGGUCAAUUUCAUUUUUAUCACUUCGAGAGUCUUGUCAUUAAGUUCAUAGUGUCUCUGAACACUGGUAAACGAAGUUAUUACAAUAUUUCGUGUCUGAAAUAUCACAUGAGGUUUGUGAGCUUUCGGACUCAGGGAUGCUAAUGAACUUGCAUUCACAUCAUAAUUAUCAAAGCUUACGUACUACGGCAGUUUAAUUAACGUCCGAGACUCAUCCUUUCUUGCUACUCGUAAAUUUUAUCAAUGAAAUUUCGGAUUUUUGUUUCAUGGUUUUUCCUCGGCAUGCUGAAAAAAAAAGUCAAACAAGUUUGUGUGUUUUAUAAUUAUAUAGGUUCGAAGCCAGUAAUUGGCUUUCCUUGAUGUUAACUUUGAUCAAGAUUGCCAAAUAUUAGUAUUUGUGCAUUUCCUUUCCUCAGAAGAGACUUCACUUGGGACUGUCAUAAGAUUAAAUUAAAUUUGACUAAAUGUUUUGUAUCAGCUAAUUUUUUCUCAAUUGAAAGGUAAUUAGUUUAUCCUAACUAUUAUGUGUGUUUCAAAGUAGCUGUUUCAAGGUACCCAUAUUUACAUGCACUGAAUAUCAUGUAGGUCCAGUGGAAGGUACAAGACAGGCUAAAAGAGUCGUGACUCCUGUUUCCAAGAAUCACUAUGAUCGUAAUGGAAAUCUUGACUCAACUGCUCCAUCAAAAAGUGAACGCUUGAAUUCCCCAAACACAGCAAGCUGGGAACCUGAUGUGCGUAUGCUCCUUUCAACAUCACAGUGGCUCAAGGUAUCUGUUCUAUUACCACUAAUUACGAUUAUAGAUUAUACAAAAUAACUAAGAUCAGCGUAAUCAUGUGAAGUUGCUCUAGCUAUGAUGGAAUCUGCUAUAGACAGUUGAACAUAAGAUCAUUUUUUCCUUCAGAUUCAUGGCCUCAAAAGACACAAACUUGACAUGGGACAAAUAUUGCCUUCCAUUGGAUUUAGGCAUUCAGAUGGUAUUACAUGAAUUUCUUUAUUUAAAACUUCCUUUCAUAAUUUUAAGUCAAUAGGUAACCUGAUGGCUUGGGUACUAUGGGCUCCAUUUUAAGAGAGCCAAAUUUGAUCACUGUUUGGGCCAUUGAGUAACAAUCUAAGGCAUCAUACAGUGUAUAUUUCUACCACAGUGCUUCUUUCGACCCAGGAAUAUAAGUGGGUGACAGAAAAAUGUAAUGGAAGCUUAAUGAAACUCUGGGAAGAGGUAAAUUACAAUUGUUUACUAGCUCAUUCAGAGGGAGUGGCAGUCCUCAUGCUGGGUUUUCAUGUUGACGAAACACAAGCAAAGAAAUUGUCCUUGCUGUUGGACUGCAAUUUAAGUAAAAAAUUCACAGGCUACAUAGAAAUUCAAACCUGUGCCUUCCAAAUACUAGUUGGAUGUCACUACCAAUGGAGCUACACUGUAUGAAGCCAAAAGUUUGGAGCAUGUCAAUUUUUAGAGGGUUCUUGCCAUUUUGCAUAGGGUGGGUGUUUAUUAGCUAAAAAUACAGCUUGAUUCUAAACCACAUGGCUUACAUAAAUGUUCUACUGAUUGAGUAAUAUAAAAUUUUAGUCUGAAAUUGUUGUUUUUUGUACAGAUUAUGUGAGGCCUCUUAAAAAACCAGUCCGUGCAAGAUAUUGUAAGGGGCUGUUUACUCAGGUUCCCUUUAGAGAUGGCUCAGUGUACAAUGUAAGUAUCUUCUCAAUCUACCUCAAGGCAUUUGACACUGCUGAAGAUGCAUAUUCUCCAUACUGUUCUCUAUAAAUUUCAUAAGGUGGCAAUAGGGAUAAUUUGUUUAACAAUCAAGAGCUUCUUUAGUUGGAGAUCAUUUCCUUCAUUCUUGUGACAUUUAUGUUUGAUUAAGCCUUUACACCCUAACAUCAGCAUACAUAUUCUGCAUACUGUUCUCUAUACAUUUCCUAAGGUGCUGAAAAGGAGAACUUGUUUAGAAAUGAAGAGCUUCUUCAGUUGGUGAUCAUUUCCUUUAUUCUCAUGACCUUAAUGUUGUAUUCAAGGACAAUAUUGUAAGGAGAAAGUAGAUGCUAGUCAACUCCUAGGAGUUAAAGGGUUAAGGGGUGAUAUUGAAAAGAGAAAUUAGUUGGUAUUUGUAGACACUCUUGAGCUUAAAGGCUUAUUAUAAUGGACUGAAGUACAUGUAUGUUUAACUCUUUCCUCUGAAAGUUCUCUGCAACUUAAUUGGCAGAGCUGUAGUUUAAAUAAUUGGCCUUGGGAUCCCUGCUUUGUUUAUAAAUCCUUGGAGAACUUUUCAACUAAUGAAUGUUUUUGGGGAUUUCAAAAAUGGAAAAAUUUACGUCUUUGACAGCUUGUUGCCAGCAAGGAGAAACUGUGCAUGAUAGAGAGUCAACUUAAGCAAGCUAUAUCACUUUACAAGCGAAGACUUGAGUGGUUAACAACUGAGAGGUAAAUGUACAUUUAAGCAAUGAAUUAAACAAUGGCUAAAUAUUUUAAAAUCUUAAGAUGUUACCAUUACUUUAUGUACCUAAAACUUAAUAACUAAUAAUUAUAUUUAACUUAAGUUUACUUCUUAGUUUUUGGGUCUUCUAAGGUUGUAUGCAUAUUUCAAAUACAGAUCAGUUGCAAAGUUAACAUAAAACAAUAACUGACUGUUUCAAUAAGAAAUUAAAUUAUGAGAUCUUUUGCUUUACAGUCGGAGGGUGUUUGGAGUUAUAGAAGAGCGUUGCAUCUGCAUUGUGUUGGACGUGAAUACUACAAGUGAAUCUGAAUUCAGUACUUACCUUCAUGGCCUAGUACAAUUGCUAAAAGAACAGGUCAUGUUUAUCGCAAAGUUUAACCUUAUCAGGUAACUAUGCUCAUUUGAAAAUAGAAUUGAAAAACAUUUACACAGACUUUCAUACUGUGCUUGCCAAUGUUAAGAUGAGUGAAGGCAAAAGAGUUCAGCCAUGUCUCUUUUCUUCAACUUUAGGUGUGCAAUGGAUUCGGAUUGCUGGCAAGAGCAUGCUGUAAAUGUUACUCUUGACAGCAUGGAAGGAGCUCUUAAUUGGCUCUGGGACCUGAAGACAACAGUUCUGCGCUCAGCAACUUGCACAGUAGAAGGGAUCCUCAAAGGACUGGCUGAUCAACAUGUUAGUUUUCCUUAUGAUAAUAAACUCUAGAAGUGCACUGUCACAGUGACCAGUGCAGUUUGAAUUUGACCAGCUCACAGCCAUGGCGAGUACUAAAGUUUAACCACUUCUUUCCCAUGUCAUUAGAUUGAAGCUGUGUAUCUUUUUACUGAGGGGAGUGCUUCAAGUGGAUCACAGGAAAUGCUCAAGAGAAAGGUAGGUAGACUGAGUACAAUUGUAGAAAUAUGGUGGGGAUUGCUUACUUUAUUUUGUUUUGAAGCUGCAUAAGUUUCAAGAAACAAUUAUACCACACAGGCAGAUGGCCUGCCUUUAGGUGUGCUAUUUUACAUCAGCACAGAGGACUGUUGGUCACAAAAGUGAAUAAAUGAUUUGAAAUGAUCUAGAAUAUAUACGACUGGCAGAAUCGAUAAUUAGGAUUUAGCAGAUGGACUUACAAGGAGUAGUUCCUCGUGCAUUGUUACCUGUCAGGUUUUACUGGAACUUGAAGGGCUGAUUUUCAUGUUGGGAAAAAUACAGGAAAAGUCUGAGAAUUCCCCCUAGGGCAUGGAUGAAAAUAAAAUUAUAACCCAAUUGUGGCUUCAGGUCUUGGAAUUGAAGCUGCACCACAUCUGUGGCGAGUUAGUUGUCAUCCCAACUUCCAUGCUAUUUUCCAUUUUUUUUUUUAUGAUUGUUGGUAUGUGGUAAUGACUAAGAGCAAUGUGUAGGCGCAAGAAUUUGUAUUAUCAUUUUUUGUUAGUGUUGGUGUUUCAUAGUUUCGUGUUAGGUGUUUAUUUUCUCGUCUUCCAUUAGUGUCCUUUGUCAGUUACCAGUUUUGUACUUGUUAUAUUUAUUUGCAUAUGGUAUAUAUAUUGGUUGCGCGUAAUUUAUUUGGUUAGUUGUCUAGUUUGCGAAAAUUGUCGUUACAUAUCUAGCUCUAAGUUUCAUGUUUUCGUCUUUGGUUUGGUCACAUUCGUCUUGUAAGUAUCCUUGUUUAUUUCGCUUUGUCGUUUUCCAGUACUUUCACUCAUACGAUGUAAGUUACUUUAUGCUCAUUCGCGUGAUUGUAAUUUUGUCAUUUUCAGUUACCGUAUUCAACAAUGUGUCAAGUUUGUUCUAGUUAAGUUUGAAAUACGAGUGAUUAGCGUUUGCGGCUAUACAAUGUGUUAAUCACUUUCUGUUUUGCAGAUACAAGGGAGUCGUGUACCUAUUCAUGUUGUGUCUUUUAACUGCAAUGAUCCUGGAACUGUGACAUUUCUGAAGGACAUAUCCAGAAUAACCAAAGGAAGGUAAGCUAUACGCCCCAAAGGAAACAAGGUUGAGAUAUGAUUUUGAUGUAAUUACAUGUAUAUUGCAAAAUUUUGUUGGUUUUUGUAGGUUCCAUGCUUAUUCAGUCAUUAAUGAGUAUGAAGAUAGCUUUGACAGCUUUACCAAGUCCAUUGAAGCUGACAGCACCGAGCAGCCCCAAGGGCGUGGCAGAGGUGAUGGCAUGCCUUCCUUGAAGCUUGGUGUGGGUGUCAGGGAAGAUGUGAUCACUUUAUGGGAAGAGUUGGAUGAAGCAAGGAACACUCUGGCAGAGAUUCAAGCUCUGCUGUGUGAAAUUAAAGAUCCAAAAGAAACACCAGGUACAAACGUUAUACGAUGAUAUUUUAUUCUUUACUCUUUGAAUCCGUUUGAAGAGUGAGCAUUUUGUCAAGUCGUAUUGCGAGUUUCGUCCUUAAAACAUCUCACGCCUUCUCGAAUAGUUAAGUUAACACGAGGCUCGCGCUACGAGCUGCUAGCUAUUGAUACAGUAGAGCCUUUGACGCUCACAACGGGUAAAAUGGCGCUUCGAGGGAAAGUGAUGGUUUUCCAGUCACUUUACAUAAGUUAGCUUUUAUGAGUACCUUUUCGGUUGUCAGGUAUGGGUAAAAACCAAGCCAAAAAUGUGUUUUUAGCAAAUUUCUGAAGGUUUGGCAAACCAAGAAUCCCUUGUCACUCACGGCAAGAUCCUUUUUUUAAUCCGAAAAUACAUGGGGUUUGCGCUUUUUCAUUCUUAGCUUUGCUUUCAGCGUUAACCAAGUACUUUUUUUCUCCUUUUGAAUGUUUCAUGAUUUGAUGUUGACUUAUCAACUUUCAAAAACUAAGUUUACACUCAAACGAUAGUGUAAACAAAGUUGAGUUGUAGUGGGACUUCCCGGUGAAGUAGUUUGCUGCAAAAAGACUGCGAGAAAGUUCACGCCUUGCGGAGAUUAUGACACCUCGAAAAUACUUUUUUGAUAACUUGUGCGCGCUCUAGAUGUUUAUCAUUUUUAUUGUUCCUGUUUCAGUGUCUACUUCUCCUAACACUGCCCCUGACAAGACUCAAGAUAGAAUUACUAGCUUAGGCCACACUAAAGCAAAGAGUGAGAUGUACAUGAGCUCUCGAGAUUGGCUAAAGGUAUCUUGUAUACGUUUUUUUUUUCAAAGGGGAUGAGGGGAUCUCAUGUAAAAGUUAUGGGGGUGGUCAUCCAAGAUUUUGCAUACUAAUCGAUUUUUCACUUCUGUUUUCACAGCGACAUGGUUUGAAGUCGAAAAAAUUGUUAUUCUAUGACUUGCUACAGAGCCUGGCUUUUAAACACUGCGAUGGAGUCGUGGACAUCCAGACAGCACCAGUUUCUUUAGACAGUACUGACGCUGUGAGUAAGAUGCAUGAAAUGUAAUUGAUGUUGCAGACUUUUUAAUGAGUUAGUCAUGUCGAGAUCCAGUAACGUUGAUUUCAAUGGCAAUUAGGAAAAUUGUUUAAGGGAAUUCUUUCCUCCUAUCAAGUAAGUCGAGAUAAGCAGAACACCCUAUUUUACAUUCAAGGGAGUCGAUGGCCUGCUAGUGUAGACGUAUUCCGGUUUUCGUUUCUCUCCUCCCAAAAGAUUCAGGUGGAGAGAGGUGUCAACCGUACCUUACAACAAAGGAGAUCGAUAGGAUUGAACCUUUAAGGUUGUCUGUGGGUAAACUUUUGAAGGGAAUGGUGAGAGUCGUAGGGAGGAUGCUAAACAAAAUAAACUUUUUUAAUUUGGUGAUGGAUGUUUCCUGAAACAGACAAUUCUUCAAAAGCGAGUAAAUAUUCAUAGCCGACAUGUUCACAACAUCGUAUACACUGCAGAUUAAUUGGUUCUUCCAUUUAUGUUGUCCUCUCCUACAGAUUGUUCGUCCUAAAUUAGUCAAUGCGCGUUACUGUGAUAAGUUUGCGCAUGUUCGAUGGAAAGAUGGGUCCAUAAUGCACGUGCACGUCAGUGGACCAAUACACAGAAAUUACGAACAGAGGAUCUUGUCGGCUUUGGAUUCAUAUAGAAAGAGGUGAGUAGUUUUGAAGAGCUGGCAGCGGUUGUUCAAAAGGUGGAUAACGCUAUUCACUGGACGAAUCUCUAUUUGUGGUGGAUGGCGCAGUAAGUUUUGUUUACACUUAUUCCCUGGAUAGCAAUUUAUCCGUUGGAUGGCGCCAUCCACCCUUUGAGCAACUGGGCCUAGGUCGAGAUAAAGCGAGUUUCAAUUGUGUCCAAAAUAAAUCCAGGACUCUAUAUGCAUGCUGGUAGUUUGUUUGAGGCAAUGUUCUCUUUUCUAAAUAGAAUAAGAAAGAUUGGAAGUUUUUGAGCUCGGUAAAGAAAUAGAGAAAGACGCUUUUCGUCUUGUCACGAGCGUGGGACAAAGAAAAAAUUCCCCUAUGAGGAAUCGAACCUCAGACCUUCGGAUUCCGCACUCCGAUGUUCUACCACUGAGCCUGAGGUCUGGGGUUCGAUUCCUCAAGGGGACUCAGAAUUUUUUGUCCCACGCUCGUGAGAAGAUGAAAAAACAUCUUUCUCAAUAUUCUCUUUUGUUCCAUGGACAUUUAUUUUCGCGCGAGCCACUGAAAAAAGUCCCGGAUGUGUCGCCUCAUUCUGAAUGCUCAUUUGUUUCGCUUUAUUUCGCUUUGUGAUUGGUCUACCAGUCUCGCGCCACCCUUUCAACCAAUCAGUGGCACCACUGAAGCUUAGCACGAGUGGCUCUGUGACGUCAUUCUGCUCACGAAGGCGAGUUCUCACGAUGGCUUCUUGAGGAGAACAUACAGUGAAGGUUGUUUUAGCUAAUGAAUUCUGACGUUCAUUAAUCAAAAUGUUAUUUGGUUUGUAUUGUAGGAUGGAGUGGUUACAACAAGGAAGCAGAGAACUAUUUGGCACGAUAAUCGAAGACCAGGUUUGUGCAGGUUUUUCUUUAAAACAUAAUCUAUGAUCGUAAUGGUUAUGCUUUACUACGCUCUACAGUUGGUUAAAAAAAAUAAAAAAAACUUGCUCCUCAGUUCCAUGUGAUCAGAUGCAGAAAAACUAACACCAGCCUUGACCUGAUCACUCGCCUUUUCCCGCGCUUGAAACCUGCUACCUGAAGUGGGCCUACUUCGCUACUUUCAUUUUGAUUGGCUGAAGUGAUUUACCUUCAUUGGUUAUGUUACUGACUGUUAAUUGUUGUUACAGGUAGCUGUGUUGAUAGACACCUCUGCAUCCAUGGCCUCAAGAUUGUUUCUUGUGAAGGACAAACUUUACAGACUCAUGCAGGUUUGUUAUCGCAAGAACAAAAGAUGUUAGUUGAUUUUGUUUCGUGCGUUGGCCUUUCGUCAGACACCUAAAGGGCCAACGCUCGUAAAGUCAGCUUUAGAAACUCUCUACGAUGGCCAAUUUACAUUAUCAAUUCAGUUGAUUAAACUAAAUUAUUUUUUUUUAUGUCUUUUAGGAACAGUUACGUCAUAAGCUGAAGUUCAACCUGGUGAAAUAUGACACAAGAGUCCAAGCUUGGAGAGAUCGAUUGGUUGACUGUAACACACAUGUAUGUGAGAGGAAAUGAUUAACUAAGAGUAGAAGUCUAAGGAUUUUUUGUUGAAAACCUCAGCUUUUUAAAGCAUUUAACACAACUGUGCAGGGGAGGUUGCUUCGACGUAGUCAUCAGUCAAUAUUUGUAAUAUUGUUUGUUGUGUCGCUGUCGUCUUUAUGAGCAGGAUGUUUUGAAGAUCUUGCAAAAGAACCUGCAUUGUCAUCGCUGUUGUUUUCUUUCCUUCCUCCGAAUUUUCGUCACAGCGAACAGACUAUAAUUUAACGUUUUUUUUUCAGAACCUGGACAACGCAUGGCAAUGGGUAAAAGGUCUCAGCACUGGUGGUUCCACAAACACGCUAGCAGCUCUCAAACUGGCCCUCGCUGAUCCUCAGUGUCACGCAAUCUACUUGCUCACGGAUGGACGCCCAGACCAGGUUACAUUUUCAUAGUUCUGUUUACUCUUAUUCCUCGACCCUUGAGCACCUCGUGAGGAUUUGAAGUUAGUGCUUGUAACGAGUUUAAAUUUUAAAGAAUUUUUCGGUUGUGUCGCUAGUGAUUUAGGAUUGUAUUGGGUGUUCUUUAUGUUUUGUGAUUUGACUAGAAAUGCGUGGCCCAACCUUAUCAAAGAUGCAAAGACUAAAACAAAUCGCGCAGCUUGGUGUCUUCCGUUUCCUUGCGCUUGAUAUUGUUUGCAUUUUUCUUUUUGUAUCUGUGUGUGUGUUUUUAUAUUUCUGUUUUAUGUUUCAUUCUUUCUUUCAAUUGCCGUUUGCUCCUUAUAAUUUUUACCUUUGAUUACCCCUUGUGGUUUCUUUGGGUUUGGUUUUACAACAUUCAAUUGAAAAAAUUGCUGCCCUCUCUUGCUGUAUUCCUCGGUUUCUUACGGCUGUACCUCUUUAUCUUUUAGCCCCCUUCUUCUAUCCUGGCCCAAGUACAGUUGUUGAACCCAGUCCCCAUUCACGCCAUCUCCUUCAACUGUGCGGACACGGAAGCCAAUCAGUUUCUCUGUCAGUUGGCCGCAGAAACUGGAGGCAGGUAAGCCGUGUAUUCCUGCGAAAAUGCCACUGUCAACUUGAAGAGCUGCUUGGUGAUAUUUUAAGUCAAAUGUGCAGUUGUGACGAAUUUACAACAUUUUUGUUUCUUAAAGAAACUAACAUGUGGUCAUUCGUGUUUUUGUUUUUGUUUUGGCUUUUUUGUCCGGCAGAUUUCACUAUUUCUCUGAAGAUGGAUACGAUACAGAUGGUCCAAGGCCAUUCGAAGUAAGUGUUUUGCUUUCUUGAAAUAAUUGCUCCGUAAAAUUCCUGUACAAAAACUUCGCUGCUUGAAUAGGUGCAAAGAUCGGUGCAUUGUAAAUUUAUGGAAUUUACCUUUUCGUGCUUUACAAACCGUCCCUCACCAUUGAUUGAAUACAGAGUGAUAUCUCUAUGAAUUUCAGAGCGAAGACCUGAGACUUUUGAGGGAAGAGAUCGAGAAAGGUUUGGGAGAUUUGCGCAAAGUUACCUUGAUCAGAAAUGAAUGUGCGCAGCUCGACUGGUUUGGAUCCAACACCGGGCGCUGCUCAAAGUAAGUAACUGAAAUGCCAUCUCGGAGCAAAUUGUCUAAGUCAGAACUAGUUGGCUAGUCUGAUUUCCAUACUUAAUCAAAGUUAUUUUAUUGAGGUACCAUGGACAGUCUGGUCAGGUCUGUCGGUUCCUAUGUCAGCUCCACUCUUCUGACGAUUUCCCACAAACAGUUUCUUGGAAUAGUUUUAUUACCCUGAGAUUAGUCUUCUUUCCGGCUGUUUCGUAGAUGCAGAGUGUUAGUGGGAAAGCUUUUGUCUUCCUGUAGAUUAUUGAACAGGCUGUAGGGAAAAGCUAUUUUGAUUACAGCAAAGUAAGAUGCCUUAAGUUAAGCUCGAUGAAAGACAGAGUUUCCCCGUGGCCGUCCAGUUAGGAAACGGAGUAGUGCAUAAGAAUGUGUUUAUGUCUGAACUAAACCAAACUUUGUUUGGUAUGAGGUCAAAGAUGACAUCAUUUAAAGAUUUGUAUCAUGAAAUACCGACCUUCUUUCUUCGGAUUGAAAGAGAAUGAUCGAAGGGCGGUAGCAACCUGUUUUUCUUUUGUAUGCUUGUUUUCUCGGUUUAGUUAUAUUAAUUCUGUUCCCCCUUGUAAUUCUUACGUUUCGUACCUUUUGAACAUGUUUUUGAUAUUGCACCUCAACAGGAGCCAUCCAAGAUCCGUCAGUGCAUCCUCGCACAGGCCAUUCUCAGCCAAACACACCAUGACACCCUCCCCACCCAGCUCGGAACGCUCUGCUAGUGCCAGAAUCCGGCCAGCAUCUGCCAGGCCUCGACCGGCUAGUGCUAGACCCCGCCCAGCCAGUGCACGGAUAACGUACAGCAGUCACAAAGACUACCUCGUCAACACUGCAUGCCGGGAUAUUCCGCGGUCUCCUUCCCAAUCCUCCAUUAGUCGUAAGGUGGGAGAGACGAAAACCAGUCAGCUAAGACUGGGCCUGAGGAAGAAAACAUCGGAUUCUUGGAUGCUAGAAGAGUCAAGACAGUACCUUGGCAGAAAACCUGAAGAUUUUAAACAACCUAAACGUAAUGAUUUGCUUUUGUAAACAUAUUAAUGACAAUGACAAUGAUAACGAUGAUAAAACAGCCAUUUUAUGGUUUCGAUUCUAUCAUAUUCAGGUCAGAAUGACUGGAUUGUGAACAAUUUCAGACUUUCAUUUCUCCGAUAAUUCCAACUGUAUUGACUUUGGAUUAGUCCUUCGAUUGACAAAUUUUUAUUUAGAAUUCGGUCAUUAUAGUAAAGAAACAAGUGAUGGAAUUUGAGGAAACUACUGACACACUUUCUUUUUAACUCCCCCUGGUCGUAAAUCGAAGAGUAAAAAACUUGGUCUAUUCAUUAUAGUAUCGACCUAGGGCUCGGGUAGUAAAAGGUUUGUAGUUUGGGUCUGGUUAAAAGUGUGAGGUAAAGAAUGACCGUGUAGCACAAGGUCUACUUACAAAGUCUUCACUGUCUUACUUUUAGGAAAGAUCAAGAAGAAGAAAAAUGGCUCAAACGGAGAUGAAAAGUGAGUACACGAUCCAUUUCUACAUAGCACCUUUUGACUUUCUAAUGACCCUGCCUAAGUCUUCGUAUCGAGCCCAACAAACAGUAUCUGUAAGAUAGAACCUAUUAGAGACAUUUUAAGCAACUUUGAAUUGAUAGCUCUACUCCACUCCUUUCAGAAAACUUUGAACGUGAACAUUAACGUUUUAGGACUCAUCAGCCGAGUGUGCAUCUCUCUACACACACGGUUUUCCUAGUAUUCGAUAUAAGAAUAUUUCCAAGGGUGAGAUAAAAGAAAUCGCAGAGUUGCGUUCUCAGAAAGGAAUGUCUUGUGUUGAAGAGUUUAUAGAAAGCAGAACAAUUGUUUAUUUGUUUUACUAAAAUUUAAAAUUUCUUUUAGCGACGAGGAAUUAAAAGAAAAAAAGUAAGUUGAAUGUAUCAGCUCUAUCGUAUGUAACAGCAUCGGAAAGGCUUGAAGGUGUCCCAACGAGCUAGCCCGUAUUUUUCGGGCGAACUUUUGAUAUUCUCUGGGGCAAACACGUGUUGGUGAUGGCGAGUACUAGUAGCUGAGAAAAGUUUGUUUUCAGAAUUAUUGCAAAAAAAAAUUGAAUUAGAUAGUCGGGUAUUUUUUUUCAACCACUCAAGGGAGGUUUCCAAGCUAACCGAACUAUACCUCGUCUUUUUUCUCUCUACUUUAUCAUUGCGCCUGUUCUCUUCUUGAACGCAGAAACGAGCCACAUUUCCUUGCACGCAAAUUUCGACUUCACCAUAAUAUAGGUUCCUUGUUAGUUCUAGAUGGCUUAAGAAACAUGGAUUGGUAGCCAGACGGCUUACUAUUCUGGACGCUCUCGCUCCUACGCUGAUUCCUCACAGUACCAAGUAUGUUCCGAUAUUGGACAAACAUGUCCUCUCCAAGGUUUUUGACCAGGUAAUUAUAUACUGAAUCUCCAGACCAUGUGUCUUUUAAGUUCUCUUCUUGUCUGCAGAAAAUUUGAGAUCUAGGCUAAUAUGUUCUUAACUGAUCGUAGUAACUUUCUUGGGGUAAACUUCGUUCAAAUCGCUCUUAUCAUCAAGAAUCUUUGGCUAAUUUACCUUGCAUAGUCUCUGGAGGUUAACAGGGUCAACAUUUUGAUCUUGUAUUGCAACUCUCUGGUCGAGGUUAUGCCUGAAAAACGCUGACCAGUCACUGACGUCUCCACAACUCAAGCGGAAGUCAUCAAUUCAACCCAGGAAUGGGGAUGAUUUCUACUUUGGUUUUCAAAACGCCAGUCACAGUCGUUAAAAAAAUAAUCCUCAAGCGAUUACAGGGUUCAUUCAGAUCAACUUUUCGAUGAUCGUUUUCUCCAAUCCCACAGUCGAAGAAUAGAGAAGGAUUCAAUCUAUAACCCUUGACAGAAAAUUUCACCAACUUAAAAAAUGAAAAGCAAGAUCGCAACUGAUCGCGGCUCGCUUUGGUAACAUGCAAGCGCUCCCUCUCGCUUUCGGUUUUGUUUUGAGACCCUCAAUAAAAGAAGCCUUUUUAAAUUCUUUCUAGGUUCUUCCAUUAGCCCACACCUCGGGGAGCAAUCGCGAUGAGGUACAACUGGUCAACCCACAAGGAGUGAAUCUUAAGGCGUACGAGGCUCGGUUAGAAAAAGCCAUCGAAGACUACAAAAGGUGAAUAAUGUCAAGUUAGUCUCUCUAAAGGCUAUGUAACUUGUAAGGCCGUAUAUAGCUUAUCGAAAUUUUCUGCAUCCCUUACGAGACCGUACACUAGUUGUGGUCUGCAGUCUCGUUAGGGCGGAUGUUUUUCAAUUAUCAGACUGGGAAGUGUCUCCUCUGAUCCCAUGUGAUUCGAGGAAAGAUGUUCAAAUCAGAAUGGAAAUGUCGCGCAUUUACUACGCAAGUUAUUUACAUGGACUUUCAAGACCUCAAGCCUGUAUUCCCCUCAUGCGGUCGUUCCGCCUGGUCAUUAAGAUUCUCGUAAUGACCGCAAAAACAGCAACCUAUCUGAAAUUUAAAAAACAAACAAACGGAAAAUGAAGUAAAAAGAAAACUGCGGCUUGUAAUUACGUUUUUUGGGGGUUUUAUCAAAGGUGGAGGUAGCUAAAGUCGCCCGUUUCUGAGAGAAUCCACGUAGUGAUCUUUCACUGUGUUAUAUUUGUUUCGUGUUCUGAUGUUUUGUUUUUCUUCUUUCCUUUCUUUAUUUUAGGCGUCUCGAUGAGAAGGUGUUCGUCAACCUCAGCGAUGAAGAAAGAAUGAAGUAAGGAGAUGCCUCUAUCGCUUUGCAUAUCUUUGGAAUAGAAAUUAUUACUGCUACUUACCAGCCUCCUUCGCAACCGGUGUUUGGCCUCGUCUCACAACUCGCUCUCUCCCUUGUGACGAGGCCAGACAAAGGCUGCUAAGCAGACUACUUGCUAAAGUGCCUAUGUCUUCUCUGCUCUACAAUGAAACCAGUCUAAGUUACUUUUUUUUGUUACCUUUCUGGAUAAUCAAACAAGGUAUCCCGAAGACAGGAUCCCCUCAUUCCUAGACAACAAGAAAUCCAUAUUGGAUGAUCUGGAGAGGCAAGGGUGGCCAUUAGACCAGGAAGAUAUUAGUUUGUUGGAGAGAGAAAUCGAACAAGCUCAGACAUUCCUCCUACAGUCCAAAGACCUGCGGCAAAAAUCUGAACAGGUUAGUCGUCCUAUUUACCGGCUCAUAUCAUGAAGUUUUUUCUUUACAUUUAGCCUUAAGCACAUACCUUUAAGAGAUGUGAACGGCAUUUCGAAGUUCUCAGUUCUUUUCCUUGGAGUUUGGUAAAAAUCAUUCGACUGCAGCGUCUGGUUUAAAUGCUGAAAACAUGUCAUUCCAACUCAAAAUGCGCCAAAAGUAGGCGUUUUCACCAGCUCAAAACGUUUACUUUAGUUCUGUAAAAUUAUCAAAGCGGACAGUUGUGUAAAUUGAAUUAAAAGUUACCAUGGAAUUUUGCAAAAAUGCAAAGAUCUUGAUGUUGAUCUCCCAGAGGUAAUAGACGUUCUCUUGAAAAUUAUAAUUCAUUAUCAAUGAAAAAGUGAUGGAGAUAUACAAGGUUAUCAGGUUGAGUGUCUUUUGCUGAUAUGGUGUUUAAGUCUCACAACCUAUUCAAACGAAAAUGUAUGGAAGCGAUAAUUAGGGAGAGAUCAUCAAUCAGAUCAUAAGAGUAUAUGGUUAAAGAGCCCUGGUACAAAUCAGUGUUUAUUAGUGUUUAUUAUUUCUUUUCCGAAAGGCGUCCCGUGAAAUUGCAGAACAGCAAAGGAAAGCUCGCGAGGAGGCUGAGAACAAGAGAAUUGGACAAAUCAUGUCAAAGGUAAGAGAUGGAUUGUUAUCCACGAGUGAGGGAUUGCUGUUUUUGAUAGCUUUUUAUUUAACCGCUCGAGUGCAGGAUCAUGGGAGACGUCUGCGAUCAUGUAUACGGUCUUUGUCGAAGUCCCCAAGUAACGCUAGCAGAGGCCAGUAUCCCGGAUGUGAUCACGUGAGACUGACGUCACAUUGGUUGUCAGUGUCAACUUUUUAGUCCUAUUAUCGAUGUAAUUCGUUCAUAUUAGAAUUUUACGCCGAUUAAGAUUGUUCGUAAUUGUUCAUAUCACAUCGAGGUCUCUUGAGUGACAUUUUUUUCUACUUUCUUAAACAGCCUGCCAAAACUUCUCCUCCUCCGUCCCAGUCCUACUCCAACAAGAACCGCCUUCUUAACCACAAGGUCCUGGCGCGAAGCGAGGUAGAUGGCUUUUACUACGCAGGCGUGGUUACCCGCUGUUUAAACCCUCGUUAUGUCGAGGUUGACUUCCGGGACUUUGACCGGCAAGUGGUGUCGUCCAGAUACGUGAUCACCGUUCAAGGGGCUCGACCAUGUCCCUCCCUCAAGGUAGGUAUCUUGAAAUUUCCUACGUCGACUCAGCGCAUUGCUUGCUUUAAGCUUUGCGUGACUAUCCCAAUAGUGUCCCCUCGUAACCUGUUGCGUGACCUAUUUUCAGGUGGGUGACUACGUGCUCGUUAAGACGCUUGUUCCACGUGAAGAAGAGGAUGACGAGAUUAAUGAUGGCGUGCAGUGCUAUGUACCAGGAAUCGUUCAAGUCGUUCCUCUCAGAAAAGCCCCAGCCACCAAGUGCUACACAAUACUGCGAUAUAACGGGAAAAAGGUGAGUUAAAGUGUUCAGACGUACCAUAGUUUACUCCUGUAGAGUUUGAAAAAUGGAAAUAUAUGAAUUUAGCUUUUUUGGUCAAGGUCACGAUAGAAGAGGCAGAGCAAAAACGAGGUGGGAGGUUUGGGUCGGGUUGCGAUACGACCUAAACCUCUAUCGCUUUUGCACUCCUCCGCUGCUAUGGCGGCGUUUAUUAUCGUGCUUCGUUUUACUUGCUGAAUUCUCUCAAGGCUCAUCUUAAUUUCCGGCGCAGCAUGAAAGUUUCAUCCACCCCCUAUUGUCGGUUGUCCCUUGACACCCCGAAAGAAAUUGUCAUCUAAUUUCUCCGUACAGUAUCACUGCUGAAUCAGACAAAAGAUUUUGACAAUAAAAUAACAUGAUCGCCAACCAAUGGAUUUCUUGAUUGUGAAAAAAAUUCUCCUUGUCAUUAGUAUUGGAAAUGUAUAUAGAACCGUAUGGAGAAUAUUUAGUUGGAUGGCAAGAAGUAAAGGGCUAAUCGUUGGCAUUUUGUUAGGUGUUUCGGGGACCCAUUUACUCUCUUGGGUCGUAAGAGGUACUGUGGGACUAUAGUGCCUUGAUAACACAGCUAAAUGCCGAGCACGGUGAUUUAACCUUUUGCCACUACUCGUACGCCUACAGUUAGAGCUGUUCUCUUCUUUGCUCCUAGGACGGGCAAGAAAUGAUAAAAGUAAUUAGCGUAACUGAGUGACCUCUCUCCUAGAUCAAGGGGAUGAGUUAUUUCUUGUUACAACUGGUGUAGCUCUCUUCAACCUGUUAUAACUUCAAACCAAUCUUCCCUGCGAUUGAACUUAUCAGAUACCUUAUUAUUUUUUUUUUUUUAUUUUUUUUUUGCCUCUUGUAGAUCACCUCUCUGAGAAAUGACCUGGUGAAGAUCUCUAAAGCGCGCUACACUUUCGCUUGUCGUUAUAUCCGGGACGCUUUGCUGACUGCUUAUCGAUCGUAAGUUAAAUUGAUCUAUGAGUUGGCCAGAGUUUAGACUCUCGCUUUUGUUAGUCCCGAAACUUUCAUAAGCCACCGGGGAUCCAUCUGCGUUGGGCAGUCGAGCCAGACCAGGAAUUAUUGUUCUAGGUAUCCCUGGAUCUCUUUACGACACAAAGUUUGCUAUGUCGUUGACAGAAAAUAUAGGGGCCUACUGAUAACAGUGCUUCAGCUUUGGCACGCGGCACUGAAUCUUGAAAAUACGGUUAUGUCAAUUGAUUGUCUUAUCUUUUCCUAGAACGACCCCUUUUGCCAUGUAUCUGAGAGACGGCGAAGACGAUGCUGGCGUAGAAGACAAAAGUAAAUAAGCAUCUUUGGUGUUUAACUUUUUUUUUUAAAGUUUUUUCCAAUUAACGGAAAUAAUUACAACCCAAAUAUUAACUCAGAAUAAGGUGACCUUGACAUCCCUUAUGCAGUGUGAUUGGAAACCAGCUGUAGGCUAAAAAAAGACUCGUCCCCAGUCGUCUCCAAAAUGUUAGCGACGCCAAAGUGGCAGAGAAAAUGGGGACGGAAAGAGGUUCGGAGGGAGAUGACGUGUUCCUCUCUCGGUCUCUCGCAACCUCUACUACUUCACGUUCCAUAACUGCCCGCGCUGUUAAGAAGACUGGAAACGAGUCAAGGACUAAGUCAAGCAAUUACUAAAAUCAUUGAUUUGAAUUUUAGUAUUACUGCUUUCUUCUGUAGAUAAGGAGAGUGGCGAAGAAUCCCCUCGCAGUCAGGCAAGCAGCCGAAAAAGUAGCCGCUCAGGCAGGAGUAGUAGGGCCAGCAGUCGUGGCAGCAGUCGUAAGGAUGGCAGUAGAAGCCGCAGUCCUAGUCCCGGAGGAAGCGCUGAAGGCAGUCCUCCACCCUCCUCCAAAGAGGCAACACCCCGCAGGUCAUCUGGGGACAGGAAACCUUUUGAGGAGCUGAAACAAGAGCUCGAAGAGGAACACAAAAGGCAGCUGGCUGAGGUGGAGAGGAAGAUGGAGGAUUUGCAAAAGCAGCUAGAAAGGGAGAGAGAACGGCGCGAAAAGGCGGCAGAAGAGCUGAACGAGAAACGACGGGAACUAGAUGACGAGCAACGAAAACUCUUACAGCAGCAGAUUGAUGAUCAGAAUAACAGGUACGGGCAGCUGUAUUUAGGAGCAGAGCUAUCAAGGGUUUUUGAGGGUGCAAGUGACUUCCCUUCGUUAUCAAGGGAAAGUGAUGAUUUAAAAUCACUAAGUAGUAACACAACUUUGUUGGCCGCAUGUUUCUUGUUGCAUGUUUUUCUCAAGUUUCUCCUUUUGUCACUAAGAAAUUCAUAAAUGAUAAACUUGUGUUUGCUUUGAAUUUCCAGUUAUACUGAUAGCACUGAUAACUUGAGUAUCCUGAUGCAAAUCGAAAACAUGUUUCAUUCCAGGUUUUGCCUUUAUUUGGUUUUGUCGUUUUGUUUUUCAAUACUAAACUCAACUCCUUCCCGUCCACCCUCCCCCUACAGGGAUUAAGUUGCCCUUGAUAGCAUGAAUUUAAAAAAAAACAAAGGCUAAUUGGCAUAUUCAUAAUGGUGAAUUUCAAAUUGAAUUUUGAACAGACAAAAAGAGAUCCAAGAGGAACAAAAGCGACUUCAAAAUCAACAGAAUGACCUUUUAAAGAAGCAAAAAGACCAGCAAGAACAAUUACUCAUGCAACAAUUCAACCAGACACAGCAACUUCAACUACAGCAACAGCAACUCCUACAACAACUAGCAAACAAUCUUCCAUCUGAAACUCGGUCCGAGCGACCCCGGGUGAAACUUCCCGACAUACCACCAGUCUCUCCUCCCAGGUCUCGCUCUAUUUCUCCGCCUAGUCCAUCAUCGGCUCACUCAUCCCCACGCUCCACUCCUAGAGGAUCAACCAAAGAGUCAGGCAAGGCUUCAUCUAAAGGCUCGCGCUCUCGCAGUUCAGGUAAAAAGUCCACGAAGUCGUCUUCUCCACGUUCACCCGUCGCCUCGCCUCGGCCUCAGUCUUCAAGGAGGUCUUCGAGUCAUAGUCUUCCUCCAGGAACAGAAGACGACCGUGAUGAAGAUAAAGAAGAAAGUAAAGAAGGCGACAAGAAAUCCAACAGCAGCGAGAAACGAAAAUCUUCGUCAUCUUCGUCCUCUUUAUCCUCGUCUUCAUCCUCUUCCUCGUCACCACCUGUAUCAGAUGAUGAGCAAGAGGCCGAACCAGCUCCUCUCCCUGCUGGCAGUGAAUCAGAGCCUCCUUCAGUCCAGAUUCACGUAUCCAAUGGCAACGAAGCAUGUCUGAUGACAAAAGGAUCUCAUGGACUCUUGAUAUGUAAGGAUUUAUUUCUUAUAUUUUUUCUGUUCUUUUGUUUUAUUUUAUUUUUUUUUUUCGUUUUUUUUUUUUUUUUUUUUUUUUCUCCAACGAAGGAAAAGAACACAUAAUUUCAUCUUUGAUCGCAUAUAGGUUAAUUUGUGUACCGAAUCUCUUAUCAGAACUUUUUUUACCCUUUUGUUAGCUCGCCUUCCUCCGGACGAGGAUCCCGCGGUUGAAACUGGACGUGUUCGAAGACCCGUCCAGGUGGGAGAAGAAGUAUUAGCACGCUGGUCUGACGAAGGGUGGUACUACAGAGGUAACACGAGAUGCAUUUACAUUACUCUGUUAAGCCUGUCCGUUCUUUUUGCAAGCCUGUUUGUUCGUAUCUUCGUAUGAAUCUUGUCGUUGGCGCUUAUGUUGGUUGCAGUUUAGUAAGAACCUUUCUUGAUAUUUUUGGACAAUGUUGUAAUUGACAACUGAUCUUUGCUUCGAUAAAACGCAAAUUGCGAUGAGAAUGCCUUCAGAGAUUCAGAAAUUAAAUAGCCUUUGAAACUUGUAUGCGUCAGCCAUUUAAGCUGUAAAGCAAUUAAGGGAGGCGAGGGCGGCAGAUGGACCGUAACCCUGACCCUUUUUUUUAGGGCGUUUUAGUAUAUGCCUAAAAUCUUCCUUGGUCAUCGUGCUGACUCGCUGCCAUCGGUAAUUGAGUGAAUAAGCACUUUGUCUGUUACAGAACUAUUUUAGUGCCUUUCAAUGAUCACUUUAUGUUUCUUUUCUCUUACUUACUGAUUGCCAAUCUAACAGACACAAGAUAAACAAACGGCACUUGCCACUUUUUCUCCAGGCAAAAACAUUUAUAGACCAAACAGUCAGGCUGGCAAUAACACAGACAGGCGUAAAGAAGCAGAAAGACGUACAAACGCACAAACUUUCGUUGAAGCGAGCAGUUGGCGCUGUAUUAUUUGUUCUGGUUUGAUGAUCGUAUGAUUGUCCUCCUUUCUCGUUAGGCACCAUUCGCCAAGACUGUGGAGACGGUAGUUACUAUGUAGAAGACAGCGUGGGAGACUUGGAACAGAUUUACCGUCCAGACAUCAUUUCAGAAGCUGAUGAUGCUGAUAACGAAAUUGAUGUACAUGAUCCUGUAGUUGCCCUCCAUCCUUCAUUUCCUUACAGUUACGCGCCAGGUAAGGGCAGCGGUGAAGUUGUUCUCAGAAGUGCAGGGUAGAUAGCCAGUCUUUGGUUCUGGGUACGUGGUCCGUGGAUGAUAGUCCAUGUGUUAUGGUCUUAGGUCCAUGAACCAUGAUCUGAUUGUUUAUGGUCCAUGGUUAUCACCUCAGUGUGGAUAGUCGCUCUGAAACAGUGCUCAGCGGCGGGCAUUCUAUUUAAGCUCGUUUGUUUCUUCCCCAGGCACUGUUUUGCAAAAGGAUGAGUAUGGGUUAUGCGUACGGCAUUAUGAUGGUAUAGAAAGCGUUGUCCCACGCGAGGACACGUAUCUUCUCACUCCAGAGAAGUUUGAGAGCGAUUGUGGGUACAUCCUGCAGUGUGAAGAAAGUUUGGUCGGCCAGGCUGUGGUGGCAAGGAACGACCAGGAUGGAAUGUUCCAUCUGGGUAAGUAAUGUCUCCAAAGAACUACAUUUUAAACUUUGCGUCAUCGGCAGGAAGGAACUAGUUCUUUCAGUUUGCUUCAGUUAAGUGGAUCCUCAUUAAUUAUUGCAUCAUUGUCUUUUAUCUUUCAGGGACUGUGCGUGAACGAGUUGGCAAUGGCCGCCAGUACAUCAUCGAGUGGGCUGAUCAAACAGUUCAGUUACAGGUACUAACAAUCACAGUUCACAGCUUGAAUGGCGGAAUGCCUGAGAAUAUAUUAUGUGGACGAUUUUCCAACGAGCACUUCACUGUGUCAUUUGCUUCCACGUCUUUUGACAUAAACCUUUUCCCAUUUAUUUUUCCCAAGCCAUUGUUUAUCGAUGUAUUUCUUUUUCUGUAUCCCUCUAGACAACUCUAUUUUCAUCUUCUUGUUAAGAUAACAAUUUUGGAAUUCUAAUUUAUAUUUUGAUAUAUAACCAGACACUCUCCAAGGCAAUAAGCGCGAGAGCUUGUCUGAAUACAUCAUAUAAAUUUUGCUAAUCUGACCAGAAACUGUCAACUGCUUCUUUUCAGCUGGUAGGAUCAAUCUUACUUAGGACAUAGAGCAUGAAAUAGGCCAGUAUCCGUGUUAUCUCGUUUUCACUGAGAAAUAAAGUGAGAAAUUAAUUUGAAUCAUUCUUCUAUUUGUGACAAAAAAUUUAUGACGAUUUUUUGCGGUUUACUCUUCAGAGUUCUGGUUACAUUUUUGGAGCCCACACGAAACGCCGCCCGCUUAACAUAGGUGAUCGUGUACUCGCACUCUCAGAUCCAGGUGUGUAAAUUUUAAGUGAACGUUUCUUAGCAGAAAUAACCUCAGAAGUUUUUAGCAUACUUGGAUAUAGACAGUCUAGCUAGUUGCCUUUAUAGAUGAGCCCUAGUAAUUCCCUCAUGUGGAGACGUGAAUAGAAGGGAUUGAAAGAGAAAAGCAAAAGCCAAGGUUGUAAUCCCGAGAUCGCUUGCGAAGUUGUGACGGCGCUAUCAUGUGCGCACAUGUACAUAUCCCACAAAAUCUGGUCGUUUUCUAUCCCUAAGCCGUGUCUCCGUCGCAGCCUUUUGUGCGUUGCGUGACGUUAAAAAAAGCCCGCUUCGGAAUGGACUAUUCCCGAUUCACUUAAAAAUUUAUCUGUUAAAAAUGCGAGAUGAAACUGUCCUUGGUCAGUUUUGCUUUACCUUCUGCUGUAAAAGUUGCGUGAAUUCUCUUCGUCAUAUGCUCCUUUUCAGCUCUGUUUGUCUACUUACCUGGUUGGAUCGCUGGUACAAAUGGCCGUAGGCUGGUAAUUAAGUUCUGCAAUGGGAAAAGGUAUGUUUCUUGAAUUCCCUCCAAUCCAAAAUCUUACAAAUUUGACUUGUUUCUCUUGGUUAAUAGUUUACACUAAUCUAUUUCUCCUCUCAUAUUUAAAGUUCAAGUCACGUGGACCCCCAGCAGUGCUUUUGGUUGUCACGCGACUACUAUGACCGUAUGGUGGAAAACUUUAAGAAAAAGAGCAAAGAAAACGAGAGAUGAC